ACUGCGACAAAACCGGUCAUUCUUUUUACGCACUGUUUUUUAAUAUUCGCGCGCGAUCGAAAUCAUAUACAAACGUGAACGAAAUCGAAUUCCGAGUAAUACGAUUUGGUUUUUUUUUGUGCUCUUCUCAAUUCGCUGACAUUUGACUGAAUUGAAGAAAUUUUGUGUUUUUUGAGUGGGAAAAUGUAAAGACGAAAAUAUUGUAUUUUUUGUGUGUUUAUUUUCAAUGAAAAUCGAAUUGAGUUUAUGAAAGAGUGCAGAAACCAAUAAAGUGUUAUGAUAGACACAUACAUAAUAUUUCAUGCAAUCAAACAGGGGAACAAACAGAAACGAAUUUAUUUUGACAAUUCUUCAUGUAGUUUUGAUAUCAAAAAGAUGUAAUGUAGGAAAGUUGGACAUCAUUGCUAAUAACAAAGCCGCAGCAAAUAUAUGAUUGAUUGAAACGACAAAAAAAAAACAAAUCAAACACUGGUUAAAAAACCCCAAAAGAGCGGAGUUUCAAUUUGCAAUUUAAACGAAUCAUAUCGUUGACGAUAUUUAAAUAUCGAUUGAAAUUGUAAUAAAAAUAAAUUGACGAAAAAAUGUUAGCGUGUGUUUGUCGACCAGUUACGAGUACAUUACCAAAACCACCAACAUUAUCCGCGGCACCGCAAAAGCGAUCACCAUCGACGGUGGUAACAUGCGAACCACGUACAACAUCGGUCAAUGAUUUAAAGACAGCGCCAGGACGGCCGAAUACUGCCGAAUUGAAGGCAAUGGCGUUACGCCAACAGCAACAGAUCGAUACACAACAUCAAUUAUUAGCAGCCAAAGAACAACGUCUACGAUUUUUAAAGAACCAAGAAAUUCGUAAUGCCACCGCAGCGGCUGAGGGUGAACGAUUGCGACGGCUACGGGAACGUGUCGAAGCACAAGAAUCAAAAUUAAGGCGAUUGCGAGCAUUACGCGGUCAGGUGGAUUUGCAAAAAACCUACAAUGUAACGCUGAGCAAUGACCUCGAUUCGAUUCGUGCUCUAUUCAGUGAAAAAGAGAAGGAGCUGAGCUUGGCUGUCGCAAAGGUCGAUGCAUUGACAAAACAACUGGAAGAAUUGCGACGAGAUCGACGUGGUCCACUGAAUUUAAUAACAACAACAGCCGGAGCUGCUUUGAAUCAAGCAAAUGGCGCUGUUACAGUAAAUAGUUUGAACAUCAAUGGUAAUAAUAAUGGAACGACCAAUAUUCAACAACAUUUGAACGGCACGUCACCAGCUGCUCGUGAACUUGAUAAAUUGCGGCGUGAAUUAAUGUAUCGAAAUCAGUUAUCACUGCAACAGGAUGCCCGUUUACAUUUGCAACGUGAGGCACUUUUUGAGCGUCAAGCUGAACUACGAUCGGUGGACCAACGAAUCUAUGAGCUACAGUCGAGAUUGCAGAAGAAAAAAUCCGCGAAUUUAUCUCAAGCAUUUCAAAAUCAAAUGAAAACAAAUCAGCUACACAUGAUGAACCAGCUGAAUCAAACGGAACAUCAGCAAAAACUGCAACAGCAACAACAGUCACAAUUUAAUCAUCAAAAUGCGGAGAACAUCAACUAUACAAACAAUAAUGGAGUGGUUUUACAGUUUGUUAAUAACACUCAUUCCAAUUCAACGGCUGCCACAUCAAACAAGCCAUCACACAGUGUGUAUCCAUCACAGCGUAUCGUACCAAAGGGAAAUGUGGCUGCUGUUGAACCAUUCAUUCAUAUGCCGCAACAUAAACCAAGUGGAAUGGCCAACAAGCAGAAGCAGCACGGUAAAAUGGUGCAAGAUUUGGCAAAUUUAAAAUUAAAUUUACAUGAAUCCAACCAAAAAAAUGCAAACAAUACUCUGAACAAUAAUUCAAAUGUCAACGUAAAUCACAUUCAAUUCGCUGAAAGUGAUGAAACAAAAUUGGCACGACAAAUACUGCACAUGAAACAGCAUUCACAAGAAUUUGAAUUGAAUGCAAAUGGUGACACCACUGAUUUUGUGACAACAAAUAAAGUUGAUUCGAAAUUGCACACAUUAUCCUAUAAUUCAGCACGGGCGACGAAGUGUAAAGCGGCUGGAACAAUAUCGACGACGGCGGCAACGGCAGCAGCACCUUCACCAACAAUAAACACGACCAAAAUAAUUUCAAUGGGCAAGGAAUCCUUUGAUGAAGUAGAAUCAACAGCCAAUUCCAAUAUGAAUGAGUGCGACAGUGCGAAAGUCGAACAUGAAACGGAAUCAAAAGUGUUAAAAUCAUGUUUGCACCAACCAUCUGUACAAAGUGAAUUUUUGAAUGCAAUAAAUAAAUCAGUGCCAUCGUCAGUGGCCAAUACAACUGGCUCUUCUUCUUCGAAUAGCAAUCAUCGUUUGGAUGGCAAAACAGCACAAAAAUCAAAACUUUUGUCGGCACAUCAAAUUUCAAAUGGAAACAUGGUGGUGCCACCAAGAAAGCCAAUCAGUAGUGUAGCUCCAACAUCAAUUACUUCUUCCGUUAAAUCAACCAUACCAAGUCCGCGCGUGCAUGCUGUUGCACCCAAUGUAAAUGUAAUGCCAAUUGUGACGGUUGAAUCGUUGGACAAAUCACGACCCGCCUUGCCACCGAAACCAAAUAAAAAUAAUAACGACUGUACAAACAGUAGUCAUGAAUCGUCGCCGACAUCAUCAUCAUCGUCGACGUCGUCGUCGUCGUCGUCGUCAUCAUCGAAUGGCAGUACGAAUCGAAACACAUCAUCAAAAAAUACUCCAUCGGCAAUUGCUUCCUAUGAAAAAGGCACAAACAGUGAAAAUAAUCGGCCUAAUAUUGAUGCAACCCAUCAAAUUAGCUCACACAUUCAAGCACAUACAAUUGAUUUUCCAAUCAAAGCAAAGCCAUUGACGAUUAAAAAGCAACCACUAUCCGAACAGCCACGACUUCGAUCACUUGCAUCGGGAAUUAAGCCAAUUCAAUACACAUCACGGCGUAUUGAAAUGCCAUCGACUCUUCUUUUCCCCGAAAAUGAGCGAAACAAAUCGAAUAUGGAUGAAAGUAAAUUGCCACAAUUCAUACCAACGAUGAAUAAAGCAAAGUCUCCAGCUGGCAGUAGCAACAGUAGUCUCGAUGAAAAUGAUAAAUCAACCAUUUCAUCUGUUAGUAGCGAACCGGAAAAACCACAGGCACCACAAAAUACAGAGGUCGUGCGCCGACAGAGAUCGUCUAUGAGCGAUAGUUCUAAAGUGAAAUUAUCUCGAAGAGUUAGUUUCGAUCCGUUGGCCUUACUUCUCGACGCCAGUUUGGAGGGUGAACUAGAGCUCGUUCAAAAAACAGCAGCUCAGGUACCGAAUCCGAGUGCUGCAAAUGACGAAGGAAUUACUGCAUUACACAAUGCAAUCUGUGCCGGACAUUUUGAUAUUGUCAAGUUUUUGGUUGAAUUCGGUUGCGAUGUAAAUGCACAAGAUAGCGAUGGCUGGACACCGCUCCAUUGUGCCGCAAGUUGUAAUAAUUUGGCUAUGGUGAAAUUUUUGGUCGAAUCAGGAGCCUGUCUAUUUGCAUCUACAUUGUCUGAUCACGAAACGCCAGCUGAGAAAUGCGAAGAAGACGAAGAAGGCUUCGAUGGUUGCUCUGAAUAUUUGUACAGCAUUCAAGAAAAGUUAGGUAUAAUGAAUAGCGGUGAGGUGUAUGCUGUGUUUUCGUACGAAGCACAACAGUCUGACGAGCUUACAUUCGACGUAAACGAUCAGCUUAUUAUUUUGCGAAAAGGAGAUGAUGCAGAGCGUGAAUGGUGGUGGGCAAAAAAGAAGGAAACCGGAGACGAAGGCUACGUUCCACGAAAUUUGCUUGGGCUAUAUGCGCGCAUUCCAUUGAAAAAACAAUCCGAAUAACAGUCAUUAAAGUCUUGGAUUCAAUACCGUCAUGAGUCUGGGAUACUAAAAAAACACUACAUUUCACACUUUGUUUGACCAGUUGCUGCAAAACACAAAACAUUCAACGUUAUACACAAAUGUUCGACAAUGUUAACGCAUACUUUAUUCUAGCUUUGGACUCUAUCCAAAUCUGUUCGAUAUCUAUUUAGCAUAAUGCCAGCAGCAGCGGCGACGGCGGCAACAGCAUAAUGUCGAACCGAAUCAAGUAUUUGAUACCCAAUUGAGCUUGAAUCGACCAACAUUCAUCCAUUUGCUUCUUUUUUUAUUUUCAUGAACAAAAAAAAAAUAUUUAGAUCGGAAAGAGGGAAAAUAAUCUGUGUUUGUAAUGCAUCCAUAAUAAUAUGGAGUGCAACCAAAAUCGAUGCAUAAUGGCUCUACGUUACCUUUUAACUUAGAUAACUAGAGAGCACGAACAAUGCAAUCACGUAAAACAUUAAAGUAUUCGAGGCGAUAUCCUUAACUUAACUGGAUAUGUAUUCAACAGUAUCGAACGAAAAUUUACAUUUUAAGAGUACAUGCUGCUUAAUCUCACACACAUUUUCAUUCUGAAUACACUAAAUACACGAGAAAGGAUCUAGUUUAUCUUGAAUAAAUUUUUAGUAGAACAAAAGAAAGGGAAAACAUAUAGGGUUUAAUAAUAACAGUUGAGAACAUACAGAAUUUCGAUGUGAUAUUUACGAAAUUAAUAAUCCAAAUGACAGAAUUACAAAUAUUUCAAAACACAUUAUAAAUAUCUUGCAGUCUUUAUAAAUAAUAGACACAAUUUUGAAUUUAAAUAUUAAAACAUUAGCUAAAAAUGGUUGAUUCAAAAACCAGACGUGAACUCAAUUUAUAUAUACACACACACAACAUAUGUAUGUUUGAUUCAAAUUUAUAACCAAGCAAAUAAGAAAACAAACCCGAAAAGUAUUGAAAUGACGUCGAAAAUCGAUAACAAUGCCUUUUGAAUUGCUUUGAAAAGUUCUAGUUUUAAUGAAUGUUUCAUGAAAAUUCUGGCACCAACGGCCAUUUCUAUCACACAAUAGCAUUUCGUCCAUAGUUCCGGUUUUCUCGAAAUCAUCGAUCAAUACAACUUUAUUUAUGAAAUGAUUGCAACCAUUAUGUGGUAGAGGCUAUUGGCACAGGAAACUUAACGUUUUUUGGGCCGACAUGCCGUAAUGCUAGCAUGAAACAUUAUUCAAACGCGUAUUUUCCAUUGACACAAUUGAAAUGGGGGCUUGUGUAAACCAUUUCCGACGGCAUUUUCCUUCAUUCGACGGUUUUGUGUAUUUAUUAGAAAACGCUUUUGACAAAACAAUCAAAUUUCAAAAGUACAGAUGUUCAAAUCUACAAAUACAGUUUUUCAAUUGUUGUCUCCCUCUCUCUCUCACUCUCUGACUCUUUAAACUUGAGGAAACGAACACCAUGUAGGAUUGAAACAUAUGAGCACUCAACGCCACGGUUUCAAACCUUAUACAUACUAUUCUUUUAAUUUUCUUCUCUUUUUUUUUUUCUCUAACACAUGUUUAAGAUGAAUUAUAGAUUUAGUUCGAAAGCUUCGAAACCCACAAAACCCACAACAAAUGUGCUGCACACACUGCACCAUCAAAUACAUUCACAAACACAGACAAAUACACAAUGCAUUCGAUCGUUGUUUAAUCGGUCAAAUUAUUUAUAGAAACAAUUACACGAGAAUCCUUGCAAGAAUUCCAUGUGAAAAAGAAAACACACACACAUACAAGGCACCAUUGAACACACACAAACACAUCGACUUCAAGCUUUCCACACGAAAUUUUGUUUGUUUGUUUAACCACUCACUAAACGGUUUCGAAAUAUGUUUCAUGAAUACUUAAUCCAAGCGACCGAAACAGAGAGAAUCACAACGCGAAGCAAAAUAAAUCGCAAUUCCAUUGUUUUGUAAUGAAUACAAUAAAGCAAAGCAUUUGUAAAAAGUACAACGAGUAAAUGCAUUAGCGCUUUUUCCUACUUUUAAGGAAGAUUGAGCUAAAUAGUUUAACUGAGUCCGGCAAUAGUGUGAUUUUAUUAGGUCGAUUUAUUUGGUAUGCAUCUUUUUCUCUUCGGAAUGAAUAAAAACAACAAAAUAACGGCUUAAAGAAAAGUCCAAUUUUUUUGGCGUUUAAAAGUGCCAUAAAAAUAUAAAAAUUGUAAUUUUGUGCGAAAAAAGAUAAAUAAAUAAGCACCCAUUUGAUCAGUUCAGGCAAUAAAGGGGAAUAUAUAUAUAUAUAUAUAUAAUGAACAAAAUUAAUGGAAAUUGUGCGAUUCAAAUUUCAAUUGAAAUUCAUCAAAAUUAUUAAAUUAUAUAAAUCAAACAGUAUUUGUACAUAAGAUUGACCUAUAUAUAUAUUCAAUGUCAAACGAAGAGAGUGUGAAGUAAAUUGAUUGAGAAUAAUGAAUAUAGUUCAUUCACACGCAUAAAAUUGUAAUUAAACUUCUAUUUAUUUCAAUUUUUUUUUUGUCACAUCAAAUCAUAUUUUCAUAAAAUAUUUUUGAAAUGCAUAUUUUCUGAAUCAAAAUUAUAAAAACUACACUAAACACUUAAAAUUAGCGGAACAUUUUCCAAGAAUAAGUUGUUUUUUUUUUUGCUCGUAUAUCUGAAUGCAUUUAAUUUGCACAUAAACACACACACAAGGGAUCAAUAUAAAUGAAUUGGCACAAAAUGCAACUGCUUUUUCCAAAUAAGUUUGUUUGAAGAAUGAUAGGAGCCAGUUCCCAGUUAGAAUGAACAUAUAGAUUAUAUAUUUUGAAGUAUUUUCUUUCAAUAUUUCUUUUUGUUUUAAUAUUACUAUGUUUAGUAUGUUUUCGCAUAGCAUUUCAUUGUUUUAUUGAGAACCCUGUCAAAUCUGCCUUAAGAAAUGGAAAUUAUAAAAGUUACGGUUAGGACAAUAACAACAUUUAUGUUUGAUGUUAAAACACAAAUCAAAUAUCAAUAUUUCGAAUAAUUCUUUUUGUUCUCGUUUUCUUCAUAAGGUACAACACAUAUGAAAAAUUGCAAUAAACUUUAUUGUUAUAUAAAUUAUAAAACCAUGCA